AUGUCCCUGAAGCCAUCACUCUAUCAAAGCCUCGACCCAGAAUCCAGAACAAUCCGUCUCCUUCACAUCUUCCGCUCACCACACCCCACCGACGGCCGUCUCCAAUGCAGUCUCGUGACGCACUCCCUCAACUCCAGCAUCAAAUACCAAGCCCUCUCCUACACCUGGGGCCAGCCCGACAAUUUCGACUUCCAAAUCUGGAUCAACGGCAUCUUGGUCCCCGUCCGACGAAACCUCCUCUGUGCACUGCGCGCUCGUCGCGCAAACUACAAGUCUGAGGAUGAGCGCGCUUUUGCAGUCGGGAAGGCUAGUGAUGUGGGGUCGCUGAUAUGGGUUGAUGCGCUGUGUAUUGAUCAGAGCAAUAUUGUGGAGAGGGGGCAUCAGGUGGAUAUGAUGGGUGAUAUAUUUAGAGAGGCGGAGGAGGUUCUUGCUUGGCUGGGGACGCCUGAUGAGCUGGAGUUGUCGGACCCGAGGCUAGAUGUUCGGGCAGAGUCGCCGGAGGUCAUUGAAGUUCCGGCGUUUAACCUGGCAACUCGCGCUAUGCAUAUCAAGCGGGUCCUAGGGUUGGUGAUACAGGGACAGGAGAAUGGAGGUGUGUCGGUUGACGAUGUGGAUACGUCGCUUAUCUGGGACAAGAGUUGGGGACCUAAGGCGCAUGAGAAGAAGGAAUGGCGUGAGGAUAUCAUUAAAGAUGAGGAGAAUGGACACGAACUUGUGCAGCUGGAGGAGUUAUGCCAUGUCGAGUAUUGGAGCAGGUUGUGGAUCAUGCAGGAGGUAUGUCUGGCACGACGGCUUCUCCUGCUCUAUGGCAGACACACCAUGAACUGGUCAUCACUCAGUGAUUUCCACCAGGCGAUUUCAAGAUCCACCAUCCCGUGGAAACUUGACGACUUCCCUCCAGUCAUGAGCCAGAUCUUGAAUAGUCGCCCCUGGAAGAUUUUGCAAGUCACAAAAGACGGCAUGAAACCCCACAUUCCGCAUUUGUGGACAAAAUCAGAAUGGUUCCUAGGUACAACUCUCGAAAAUGCUUUGCGGCUCUCUCGGGAUGCGUUCUGCCACGAGAGAAAGGACAAAGUCUUUGGUAUCCUUGGCUUGGCGGAUGAUGUUGACACAGGUGAUAUUGUCGUCGACUACUCGAUCUCGCUAUUUGAGCUAUACAGUAACGUUCUGCUGUUUCAUCGAAGAAGGCUAUCUGAGGAACACUCUGAGGAGUACUUGAGAAUCGGGCCCGACAGGGCAUAUAUAAGUGAAAGAAUUGUACUCACGGGCCUCAUAGAAUUCAGUAAGCUACUGCAAAAUGCCCUUUUCGGCCCAGACUUUAAGAAAGAGGCAUACAGGGAGAUAAAGCUUGCCCGAGAAAAUGUUUCAGAACCUAACGGAUGGGGACCGCAGGAGACUAUACCUUUGAGUGGAGACGUUGUUGAUGGAGUUGUAGCAACCUGCCAUGAAGACGAACUCAUCGCGUCUUUCUUCAAAGAAAAUCCAGCGGCAUCAAGGCAAUAUUCCGGAACCGCAGAUUCGAUUGUAACGGAGCUCAAGAGGACAUGGGAUUGUAAUAAGUUUGCGUUCGAGUUCCUAAUUGGGCCACGAUCCGACGAAACUAUGGAUGCUGAACACUGCCUGGCACUGUUCAGCACUGAGCAACAAUUUCUCGGCAUCGCCCCAAGAGGUAUCCGAGCCGGUGAUUUGCUAUGGGAAUAUACUUUGGAUAAUACUUUCUUGAUGGUAAUUCGUCAUGUAGGCCAAACGUACCAGCCAGUUGGACGCGCUUGUGUACUCACAGACUGGGAAGAAGCAUUCGUCUUUCACGAAGGAAGAUUGGAAGUAAGGAAACAGCCAGAAGACAGCAUCAACAUUCCGGUUGGUAUUCACGAGCUCCAAGUCCUGACGUCCCCACUCCGGCAACAACUACUCGGAGGUGUGGAAUUGUCUGACGGAGGGUCUGUCUCGUACCUGUAG